UGAAGAUGGCGAACCUUUCCAAGGAAGAAUACCUCAAGCGUUAUUUGUCAAAUUCCGAAGGUGAAAAAAAGAAAAAGAGGAAGACAUUACCCAAAAGUUCCUCAAAAUAUCAAAAAUCUAUCAUUGUGGAUGACGAUAUCAAUAUCAGAGAUAUCAAAGUUAACGAUUCCGCACAAGACGUGAACGAACUGGAAGGCGAUGUUGAUGAAGCUCCAGCAGUUUUUGAAGAGGAUGGUAUCACCAAAGUGUCAAUUGAAUCAUUUAAAAAAAGAGAGGAAGACCAGAGGAAGAUGUGGGCACCAAUCAGUCAGGAGACUCAGUCACACAGAGAGGCCGAGGAAAGGUUAAAUUUUGAGAGUGAGAACUCAACACCACGAAUGGUAGAAAGAAAGAGACUCAAUACUCCUGAUUUGUCUCCUCGACGUGGUGCAGUUGUAUACAGCUCAGAUCAAUCGCCACCCAGGAAAAAUCCCUCGCGUAAAGUAGAAAGAGAUUCAAGUUUGAUCCAUAAUGGGAGACACGAUGCCUCUCCCGCAGAUCAGAGUCCUCCAAGAGCGAGGCGAAGAAGGCAUGAUUCUGGUGAUUCUUUACCAGAGCAACCACAUAAUCACAAUCUUGACUCACUACGGUUACAAGAAAGUCCCAACAAGUCUCCUGUGAGGAGACCUAGGAAUGAUUCCCCUGAUCUUUCACCUCCCCGUUCGGGAUUGAAUACAGACCUGGAUCAAUCACCUCCGAGGAAAAGAGUGAAUAGUGACUCUGAUCAGUCACCUGUUAGAAAACAUACAAACAGUGAUUCUGAUCAGUCACCCCCUAGAAAACAUGGUAAUGGUGAUUCAGACCAGUCACCACCAAGAAAACAUAAAAGGUUUGAAGGAAGAGAUCCCAGAACAGAAAGUGGGAAACAGAGGAGAGGUGACAAACAUGAAGAAAGAAUGGCCAGUGGACAGAAAGCUGGUCUUCUUAGAGGAAGUGAUUUGAAGCAAGAAAAUGUAAGGAAACAGCAGAGAGAAGCUGAAAUGUUUGCUACAAUGGAUCCAAGUAUAUCAGGAAAAGGUUCAGAAACAGUGUACCGUGACAAAAUGGGAAGCAAAAAUGACAUGAAGUUGGAGAGGAUCAAAAGAAGGGAGGAGGAAAGAAGGGAGAUAGAAGAGAAUGAGAAAUUUAUGGAGUGGGGAAGAGGGGUAGCUCAAACUAGAGAAAAUGAGGAAAAAGUUACUGAUUAUCUACAUGAGGUGGACAAACCACUGGCUCGGUACCGUAAUGAUGUUGACCUAGAUAGAAUGUUGAAAGAUCAGGAAAGAGAUGAUGAUCCAAUGUUGGCUUACAUGAAGCAGAAAAAGGCUAAACAGAAUGUAAGGGAAGGAAAGAAAGAAAAACCUGUGUACAAGGGCCCAGACCCUCCCCCAAACAGAUUCAACAUCAGACCAGGAUACCGUUGGGAUGGUGUGAAUCGCUCAAAUGGCUUUGAGAACAAGCGAUUUGCCAUGUUAGCCAACAAAGCUGCUGCGCAGACAGAUGCAUAUAAAUGGAGCACCGAAGACAUGUGAUUGGGACAGUAGAUCAGUUGAAACAGGGGCUAUUUUUAAGUACAGAAUGUACUUUUGGUAUGACCAAUGUUCAGCUGUCAUGUACAUGUUUGAUGUAUAUGAAGAUAGAAUUUUAGUGUAACAGAAACCCAGAAAAGCAUUAAUUUAUUUUUUCACCUCUCCUGUACCACUCUUGCAGAACUCUUAGUAGGACAAAGUUCAUUGCCCUUCACAGACACCUUGAAGAUCAAUUCUACUUUACUAUGCUAUGUAACCUUGUGAGCUUUCUGCCAACUCAUCAAUCACUAAAAUGUGUCACAAAUGAACCAAACCAUCUCUUGCUAAAAUUGUUUCAUGAGGAACAAUUUUUUAACUCUGUAAAAUAACACAAGUGUAAAAUGUAUUUCUUUGGAGAUGUUAGAGAGGUAUAAAGGAGCAUACAUGGAAAUUAAGAAAGAUCAGAUUGUUAAAAAUUGCAACAGAAGGAAAGUAAAAGGUCAACACUGGAGUGAUGCAACACAUCCAGCUCCAGCUUAUCCCGGUUUCUGUACAACACAGUGACAAGGAAUGCUAAUCCAACUGAAUGGGAAUCAAGUCUAUUGCAGGUUAACCCCCCUCCCCCCUGCCUGUAGUAGAUCAUGACUACAAUCAUGGCAACAAUACCAUUUAGUGCAUUUUAAUUAACUAACUUACAGUUCAUGACACAUAUAAGAUUACAAUAUACAAAUCAUAUUCUUAAGCUAGUCAUAAAAUUAACACAAUCUAUAAAUCAGCAUUAAAAGCACUUUACCACCUCCCGGUUAGCUCAAUUGGUUAGAGCGCCGGAUUGUGUUGUGCAGGAGGUCAAGGG